GUUGUUUAGAGCAGAGCGGAUGCUGAGGAGGAGGAUGAGGAUGAGAAGGGGAGUCUCGCGCAAGGUAAAAGCUUUGUCCGCACUGGAGGCCCGUGAGAGACAUUGAUCAGAUGGAAACACUGAAUCACAUGGCUAUUUUAUGUGACAGAUCUCUGGGGCAAAGGUGGACACUGGCCUCGCUUCACAUGUGUGUGAAUGCAGGAGAGACGGGAGCCUGCUGGGAGGAUCUUUAAUAACCAGAGAUGUGCCACUUCACAUGUGAUUUCACAACUACAGAUCUGGCACCUGGCUCUGGUUCCUGUGGAUGCCUGUUCUCUCCAGCUGACUGAAUAUGGCAAAGAAAGACUAUCUGCUAGAUGCAGCCCAACAGAUUCGAAUGGCACUGGACCGAGAAGUCAAUGAAGACUAUGAGGCGGCAUUCAGCUACUAUAAGAAUGGGGUCGAUCUGCUGCUCAAUGGAGUUCAAGUGGAUCCCAAUAAAGAGAGACGUGAAGCCGUGAAACGGAAGACCACUCAAUAUCUGAAGAGAGCCGAGGAGAUCUUCAUCUCUUACUUACAGGACAACAUUGCUAAAGGAUCCACUCAUUUAGGAGGUUAUAGUAGCUUGCGCUUUCGAUCAAUCAGACAUCUAAGUUCACCGGUGGAGAAUCUAGCAAAGUGCAAAGUCGUUGGAAUCAUUGAUAAGGUACUGACGGUUGAAAGUCUGAUAAGCAAGGAGACAUUUAUCGUUAAGAGUUUACCAAAGUCGAGCUGGGAGAGUCGUGAGAGGUCGACCAUCAUUCCUCAGGGAGUGCCCUGCAUGGUGAAGCUGCUAAAAUAUUACGUCAGUGAAGACACUGUGUUCCUUCAUCUAGAACAUGUUCAAGGUGGAAGACUCUUUUCCAGACUCCACAGGGUCAGAAGUGAAGCAGUCAGGGAGCAUCCAGAGUGCUUCAGCCCCAACCAGCACAAAAUCUAUCUGAAGAAUAGCUACACCCUCCCUGCUCUCCGUCAGGAGAUUUACCUCAAUGAGAAUUACGGGAGAACUAAACCUCUUGAGAGUACAGGCAGCCCAACUAAACAUUGUCUUGAGAACUGUACAACUCACUCCUACUGUGAAGAUUCAGGACACCAACAGGGGGGUUCUUUAGGUUGGUAUGCAACAAGGACAGAUAAUGAGCUUCCUUCUGUUGGUCUGCCCAAUGGUCUCAAGUCUUUACCUCAGGAUAAUAUUCCUCUUCCCAUUCAUCCCUGUGUGAUUGUGGACACCCGGGAUCCUCUUGAUGUCACUUCGGACCUUCUAGGAAAUGAUGUUCGCAUUGAGCGCAUUGACUCUUGCAUAGAUCUGAACAAAGCUUGGAAUGCUUUGGAACCUGCUCAGGACUGUCUGAGUUUCACAGUACCAGAAUCAAACUCAGAUAUUCUAGGAUUCAGCAUUGCAUCUCAGAUUACUCCAGCCUCUUUAUUUGGUGAAAAUGCACAACCAACCCUUUGCAGCACGGUUGAUGUUCUUCCACAGAGAGUGCGAAUAGUUCCCAACACAUCACAUUUACCUCUGCAAAACCAAGCACGUGAUGGAUUUCCUCAUGAACAAGGUGUCACUAACUGUAAACACAGUGGAAAUGAACAGAUUUCACAGUUCAUGGCUGAACUGAGCAAAGUCAGUUCUCAUCGCAAUCCAUUUGAAUGUACACCUCAAAAACAAGAAAGUAUCUCUUUAGACUUUACAAUGAUGACUUCUCGGGUAAACACUGUUGAAAUGGUGACGGAGGUUGGGAAUGAGGACAUGGAGAACUGGCAGUUCUUCAACUCUUCAUCUAAACAACCACAAGUUGGCAUGAUCUCCUGCCUGUCAGCACCUACCACAAACAGUUCCUGUUGGAGUGAGACUGAACUAGAGCAGAAGGUGAAGGUGGACGGCUUGGGCCAUCACCCCCAAAUUAAGGCCAAGAACUUCAGUGCCAAAUCGAAGUGGGGUAGAUGGGGACUCCCUGAGGAUGAGGUGCGACUGUGGGGGGCUCAGAUUCUGUUAGCCUUGGAAAGUCUUCAUGAGCAGGGCAUUGUGUGCCAGGACCUCAACCCACGAAAUAUUCUACUCCGUAAUAGUGGGGAGGCGUGUCUUACGUACUUUGGACUGUGGACAGAAGUUCAGCCCGAAAUUAACCCAAAAGCAAUGGAAGAGAUGUACUGUGCACCAGAAAUUGGAGGUGCGUCGAAAAUCACUGAAGCGUGUGAUUGGUGGAGUCUUGGAGCUUUACUAUAUGAGCUUCUUACUGGCACGCCCCUGUGGCAGUGCCACCCUACAGGCGUUCAGCCUCAUACUCCGCUCCAUAUCCCAGAGUUCCUCAGCACUGCAGCCGCUUCGCUUCUCACCGAGCUGCUCCAGUUCGAUGCGUGUUAUCGUCUGGGAUCAGGAGGCGGCGGAGUGAGCGACAUCAAGUGUCAUCCCUUCUUUAACUCCAUCCCUUGGCUUACACUUGACACUUCACUGACGCCGUAGUGCCUUCUGAAAGUAUUCAUCCCCUCCGUUUGUUUCUGCCUGCUACACC